AUUAUCCCAACCACCACUCGCCUACCAUGCCACCACGCAUUUUGGGGAAUCUCCCCCAGCUCCCUUGUUUACCAAAGGGAUCCCUAUUCACCAUUAUCCGCGCCAAUGUUCCCACCCGGUCAUUCGGUAUCCGGUCAUUGAACCCUCCCAAAGCCUCCCGCUUCAAUGUCGGCGCCGAUCUACCUGUCCUCAAAUCGACGCCCACCGCCGCUCUGGAACGGAAAUCGAAAACGCUGCCUCUCCGCACCGGCACCAUUGUCAUCAAGAAGGGAAUGACGGGCCUCUUUGACCCCGAAACCGGGAAGCGCGUCCCCUGCACGGUCCUCCAGCUCGAUCGAGUCGAAGUCGUCUCUCACAAAACACGCCAAAUACACGGCUACAACGCCGUCCAGCUUGGUUCCGGCUGGAAGCACCCGUCCAAUAUGACGAAGUCGCUUCUCGGCCAUUUCUCCGCCAGCGGCGUCUCGCCGAAACGACACGUCUACGAAUUCCGAGUCAAGGACGAGGCCGGCCUCUUGCCCGUCGGCCAGAUGAUCAACGCCGACUGGUUCCAGACGGGCCAGUAUGUCGAUGCGCGGUCGCACGCCAAGGGUAAGGGUUUUGCCGGUGUGAUGAAGCGACAUGGUUUCGGCGGUCAGGAUCGCAGUCACGGUGUGAGUUUGAAGCACCGUUCGAUGGGUUCCUCGGGCCCCGGUCAGGGUGGCGGUUCGCGUGUGUAUCCUGGAAAGAAGAUGGCGGGAAAUAUGGGAAAUCAGCAAAAUACCGUGCAGAACCUGAAGAUCCUCAAGGUCGACCCGGAGAACGGGAUUAUUGUCGUCCAGGGCGCUGUUAGCGGACCUAAAGGCUGCCAGGUACGGAUACAGGAUGCGAUUAAGAAGCCGUGGCCUGAAGUAGCUCCCGCUGAGCUUCCCGCGGAGACUCCCGCCGAGCCGACUGCGUGAAGUUCACAAUGGCUCAGGGUGGCUUGGGAGGCAGGUGUUUCUAUGAAAAUGUAUAUUAGUUCCAACAACUACGUUGUUGGUAUUGUUGUCUCUUUCAAAGCGGCGUUCUUUAUAUGAUACAUAA